UUUCCUUUCUCUCCCGCCCCCCUGGGUGGGUGACUCAGCUACCACGGGUUAAAGGAACUGCAACGUGAGCGGAGAUUAGGAAAACUCAGAGUUAACACAUCAAAAACUAACGCAGGGGAGGAGAGAGAGACCACACCUCACUGGAGUGCGGAGCUUACUCCCAGGAGAAAAAUCCUAUUGGCAUCGAGGAGGCAACGAGCCGGCCCCUGGGCGCGGCCUGCAGGGGGCAGGCGAUUGCCCGGGGAAGCGGGGGCAGGACAAGACCGGAGCGGUGUCCGCUCGCAGCCACCGGCAGCCGCGGGAAACCCAGGCGCGUCUCUGCCCGGUGUGCCCUUCUCGGUGCGCGGACCCCACGUUGCGCUCGGCCGCUGACAUGUGUGCCGCCCGGAUGCCGCCCCUGGCGCACAUCUUCCGAGGGACUUUCGUCCACUCCACCUGGACCUGUCCCAUGGAGGUGCUGCGGGAUCACCUUCUCGGCGUGAGCGACAGCGGCAAAAUAGUGUUUUUAGAAGAAGCUUCUCAACAAGAAAAGCUGGCCAAAGAAUGGUGCUUCAAACCAUGUCAGAUAAGAGAACUGAGCAACCAUGAGUUCUUCAUGCCUGGGCUGGUUGAUACUCACAUCCAUGCCUCUCAAUAUUUCUUUGCUGGGAGUAAUGUGGAUCUGCCGCUUUUGGAGUGGCUGAACAAGUACACGUUUCCCACAGAACACAGAUUUCAAAAACUCGACUUUGCAGAAGAAGUAUAUACAAGAGUUGUUAGGAGAACGCUAAAGAAUGGAACAACCACAGCUUGCUACUUUGGAACAAUUCACACUGACUCAUCUCUGCUCCUUGCGGAAAUUACAGAUAAGUUUGGGCAACGGGCAUUUGUGGGCAAAGUCUGCAUGGAUUUGAAUGACACUGUUCCGGAAUACAAGGAAACCACUGAGGAAUCAAUCAAGGAGACUGAGAGAUUUGUGUCAGAAAUGCUUCAAAAGAAUUAUUCUAGAGUGAAGCCCAUCGUGACACCACGAUUUAGCCUUUCCUGUUCUGAGACUUUGAUGGGUGAACUUGGAAACAUUGCAAAGACCCACGAUUUGCAUGUUCAGAGCCAUAUAAGUGAAAAUCGUGAUGAGGUUGAAGCCGUGAAAAAUUUAUUCCCUAGUUAUAAAAACUACACAGAUGUGUAUGAUAAAAAUAAUCUUCUGACAAAUAAGACAGUGAUGGCACAUGGCUGCUACCUCUCAGCAGAAGAACUGAACACUUUCAGAGAACGAGGAGCAUCCAUCUCGCAUUGUCCCAACUCUAACUUAUCACUGAGCAGCGGCUUUCUCAAUGUGCAAGAAGUCCUGAAACACCAAGUGAAGAUCGGACUGGGUACAGAUGUGGCCGGUGGUUAUUCAUCUUCCAUGCUUGAUGCAAUCAGAAGAGCAGUGAUGGUUUCCAAUAUCCUUUUAAUUAAUAAAGUAAAUGAGAAAAGCCUCACUCUCAAGGAAUUCUUCAGACUAGCUACUCUCGGAGGCAGCCAAGCCUUGGGGCUGGACAAAGAGAUUGGAAACUUUGAAGUGGGCAAGGAAUUUGAUGCCCUCCUGAUCAACCCCAAAGCAUCCGACUCUCCCAUUGAUCUGUUUUAUGGGGACGUUGGUGGUGAUAUUUCUGAGGCUGUUAUCCAGAAGUUCCUCUAUCUAGGAGAUGAUCGAAAUAUUGAGGAGGUUUAUGUGGGCGGAAAGCAGGUGGUGCCCUUUUCCAGCUCGGUGUAAAGCCCUCGGCAUCCACAGGUCUCCGGGACGGCAUCGCUCUGCGUUUCCCUUGUGCCCAGGCGGAGUUAGAAAGUCAAAAAAUAGUACCUUGUUCUUGGGACGACUAUCUCUUUCUGUGUCUAGUUACAGUAUUCACGUGACAAAUCGCUUGAAGAAAGUUGCACUAAUUCUCAACUCUCGAGAGGAUUCAAAAUUUCUCCUUUUUGAGCUCUUCAGUAGGCUCAAACAUAAGGGAGGGUCACUGAUGGUGUUCUUACAAGAUUUCAGUAAAAUUGAUUUCCUGUUCGGAAGGGGAAAGAAAGGAUAUUGCGAUAAGGGUAGAUAUUUUGAGAUAAUAAAUGUGAAAAACCAGAAAACUGAAAAUGAACCAGUGAAUAUAUUUUUAUGAAGGAGAAAGAGACUAUGAAUAAAUGUUGGAAAAAUCACUUCAGAUUGUGUUUCAAAAUUGUAUACUGAGCAUACUAAUUUAAAAAGAGAACUUGUUGAAUUUUAAAACUGUGUUUCUAGAUUGACCUUGUAUUCUGGAAAUUUGCACUUAAUGGGGUUUGCAUUUCAGAGA